UUCCAAAAAAAAAAAAAAGAAAAAGAAAAAAAGGAGCUGCAUGCUUUAUAUUGGAUUUCACGUCAUGGUGACAUACUUAAAUCAAUACAUAAUAAUGGAUGAUCGACCAAGUGAAAAAGUUCUAAAAUCAACGGUCCAUCCCAUCCCACCUAGGUAGAAAAGGACCUCUUUUUGUCUUUUCUUGAACAAUCCAACCUGGAUUCUUGAGGCCCUUUGUGCUACCACCACACAAUCUGGAAUAAAAAUCAGAUUUUUCUAGAUCAGGCAAUUGGAUCACAUAAAUCCCAGUUUUUAGUUUUUGGAAUUUUCUGUUUAUUUAUGGGUGCCACCCAAAAGGCUUGAACUAUGAAAACCUUUGAAUUUUGAGGUCCAGGGAUGGAUAAGUUUAGGGUGAGUUGAGAAAAGGCCACAUAAGGGUAGAAUUUUGGUUUCAGAAACUUGUUUUCUGAACUAAGUUCCCCUUUGGCAUGGUUGUCAAGCUUUGUUUGAUGGCUUCUUAUGGCUACCCUCCUGGUGGAGUCGUUUUACACCAAGAGCAGGGCAUGAGCAGAGCCAUUCAGGAUUUCCAACCAUUUUUGUCGAAUUAUGGACCAAAACAUGAGACCAUGAGACUCGGAUCCCUCAAUCUGAGACCACAAGAGUCUGAGGACCCAUGGAAACCCAUAAGCGGGUUAUCCGAGUCUAACAAGUAUGUCAAGAUUGACUCUGUGGGUGAAAGGACCAUGCUUUCUGAUGUGCAAGAUGGCUGUCCAAGUUCCAUGCUUUUCAGCUCUAGCAUUGCAGAACAUUGUAGAAAACACGAAACAAUUUUGCAAUUCCUCAUGUCUGCAGUAAAUGAACCAGAGGGAGGUGGAGUGGAUUUGACUUUACUUUCUGAGAUCAUGGGCUUACAAGCAUUAAGAAUUGAUUCACAUCAACAAGUAACGCCUCUUAUCUACCCUGGUUCUGAACUGUAUGCCCAAAAGCCUCUUUUGGACUUUGUUGGAGAUCUGGUGGGUAGUUCAAAAAUUACAGUUCAACCAGAUGGUCAAGUCCUGUUCAAUGUUACGGGGACUGAGGUGAAGGAUCUACUUUCGGUUGUUGCUGAGUUUUACUUGCCCAAAAACCCAGCUAAGUUGAAAAAACAGUCAAUGCUUGUCCCGCACUAUAGUAGGUUGGACAGCACUGCAGUGGGGGUUAUUCUUGAUGCAUCUUCUUUAAAGCUCCAUGCAACAACUGUUGCUCCUAUGAAGAGUCCUGGAAAGGUAAAGAAGUCACAAAAAAAGAAGAGCGGUAAAAGGGUGGGCAGAGUACGAGAUCUCUACAAAAAGAACUAUUUCCAUGCAUGUGAAAACCUUCUAUCUAUAAUGACUGAGAAGAAGAAGCAUGGAAAGAGUGCCUUCCUUUCAUUGAAAAAAUCUGGUCCCGAGCUUCCUGAGCUCCUGACUCAGUUCUCAGUCGGUAUUGCUGGUACUGGCUUGGCUGUCUUAUUCUCUGUUGUCUGUAAAUUAGCUUGUGCAAAGGUACCAUUUUGCUCAUCGAGACUCGUCAGCACUGGAUUAGGAUUUGGCCUGGUUUGGCUUUCCUGGGCAGUUAAUAGGCUGAGGGACACUGUUGUUUACGCCAGUAAGAAUGCAGGGAAGAUGGGGUUGAAAGAAGAUGAAGUGAUGAACAAAGUGGAUAAGAGUGUGAAAGAUAUCUAUUUCAGAGCUGCAACUCUGAUGGCAGUCGCGUUGUUGAGAUUCGCUUAAGCGUUAGAGGAAGUAAAAUUCAGGGCGAAGGUGAAUCGUUUGAUGAACUUAGAAGAUCAGGAUGACUAGCUGUGUAUGUGAGAGUAACUGUAUAUGCUAUGUAUAUGUAUAGCUGGUUGAUGAUUAGAUUGGGGUGAAGCUCAUUUGGAAUUGAUGUGGUGGAGAUGAAGAGGCUCAAAUUAAAAAUUUAACGAAACAUAAGUGGAAGGGGGAUUCGAAAGAAUUCUAGGUAAGUUUGAGAUGAUGCAGAGUUCGAUCGAGGAUGACCUGACCUCUGUCUGAUCAGCAGCCAGUAAGCAACAUAUUAAUUGAUGUUUUAUAAUUAGAUUUUGUGUAUUGUUUAACCAACUUUGGUUAAUUGAUUAAUAGUUUUGUUACAGACCAUAAUCAGUAAUAUCAGUUUUGAGCAUGGUAUUCCUCCUU